AUGACUGCCGCGAAUCCAGAGAAAAGAGGCCACCUCGUGCAAGAAGACGAGAAUUCACAACCAAGACAUCAAGAUGAGGUUUUGCCGAAAGAAUCAUUUUGUGCAACAAGCAUGCAUGAGUCCGACACCGAUUCACGUUCAAUGGCGCAAGAAGUUUCGACAAAUGGUCAACGAAUCCCUUCAAGUCAUGACACCCACAAAUACAAGGAUGUAAAGCACACGGUACCUGAUCGAGAGAUCAAGCAGCAGGCGAAGAGAGAUGAGCUGGAUACCGAUCAAGGUACAGAAGAAUCAGGCUAUGGGAAAUCAAUUCGUAACAUUUGGGCUGGCUUCAGCAAAGGAUAUUUGCAGGUGCCGGACAGACAACAAAUACAUAGUCGGCGUAGCAGUUUCGGCAGCUUACAGUCAUCUCUUCAGCAGCCACAAGUACAUGACAAGACAGGAAAAUAUGUUCCAAGCGUGACAGAGCAUGAGGAGAUUCGCGGACUAGAGAGAGAAAUCGACAGACUACUCAAAGACAAUGACAGACAUGAUGUGGCGAGAGGCAAAAUUGAAGGCGACUUGAGAGCUAUGCAACGCCAGAACGACAUAUCGGAAAAUUUAGUACGCAAAUUGCAGGCUAAAAACCAAAAGCUUGAGUUCGAAAAGCAAGAAAUAGAAGAAAAGCAUAACACCUUCAUUCGAAAGCAACAGGAAGCCUCAUUCAACCAAAUGACAAACUCACGCUGGAUGCCUGUCGAGGAUAGUAAAGUCAUAGGAGAUCUUGAUAGACUUAAGAGAGACAUGAGAAAUUGGGCGAAAAAAGUGUCGGUCAAUGAUUUGCAUGCUCUCCUAAGAUCCCUUGGACAGUCCCAAAGUGAAGCGUUAUGGGAGGCAUUGGGGCAUGUACUUGUGUUUGAGCAUGGCCAACUCCCUCGAGGACUAUCUCCAAGAAAUUCUCCAGGGCUGCUUCUAACUGCUCUACUCUCUCACGAUAUCUAUAAAACCAUGUUUGUGAGCCCUUUUUUCUUCAUCGGCAGAAACAUUGUGGACGGGCAACUCAAGCUGUCAGAACAUCGCAUGGAGCUAGAACGUACCUACCGCUACGGCCGGCAUUCAAAUGAAGAGGAUGCUCAUACUUGGCGAUCCGAGUUUUUGAGGCUGCAGUUGCCCCCGAUAACUCCCGAGACUUCAGACGCUGGAAAAUUCCUACAUUACACAACUAUGGAUCAGAUAGUCAGGGUAGCAGACCAACAAGCUUUCAACUUUAUGGAAGGUCCGGCUCGCUGGCUUAUCAGUGAUGAAGCACGAAACGAAAGUGCCGACAAGCUUCAAGCUAUCUAUAGAGAAGCAGCAAAUAUUUCGUACAUGCUCUGGACAAGAAGAACGGCACUGGAAGUCUUUUUCUUAGAGGAUAUGAGAAAUAUGCAUUUCCGGUUCGAUAAUAAGUACACGGUUCCACAUUCUUCAGUAAAAUACGAGGACCAUGAGGAUCAGCUUGAAGGCAGGGCUCUCAGUAUAAUUGUGCACCCAUGCCUGGUUGUCUCCGGGACAGAUGAUGCUAAGAAUUAUGACCAGCGACGUGUAUGGGCACCAGCGGAAGUAUGGCUUGAUAGCAGUGUCUCAUCUAACGAUUAGCUCCAUUACAGGUUCCAUUACACUCGGCGAUACAUAACCGCAGCUAGUUCUUGGUGUGGAUGGUGGAUGGAAUAAUGGUGGAGGUCGUAGGAGCCAAAGUUGAACCGUCGGCAGACGUCAUCAUUCUAGCUGAUUCUCGGAAAGCGUUGAUAUUACAAUUGCGAUGGUUUAUAACUGCUGAUAAAACCAGCUCUGAGGUUUUAUAGUGGAUGACAGGCAGCAUAUUCAUGAAGGCUGCGAGAAAACAAGCAGAACGGUAGACAUCGAGAUUCUAGCGGAUAUUCCAGAGAAUGUUCCCAAAAGCGUUGAUAUUACAAUUGCG